AUGCCAUGCGUCCCGGUCAGUAGUCAUACCGAAGAAAGAAUUGCUUUGGAAAAACCAGUGAAAAAGUCACGAUGGCAUCAGGAGUUAUCGGCCGUAGAGUACGGACCUCCAUGCAUUCAAUUCAUGGAUUUCCAUAAAUAUGACAAAUUCUCGUCGGAAAACAUGAAAAGACAAAGCGAGGACUGUCUUUACCUAAAUGUUUUCAGUCCAUAUGACCAUGAGGAUGAAUCAAAAACGUUCCCUAUAAUAGUAUGGAUACAUGGAGGUUCAUUUCUUGCGGGAUCAGCUGACACUGGCAUAGAUAUGGAGACAAUCGCCAGGAACAUCAUAUUCAAAGGAAUCACAUUUGUUACUAUCAAUUAUCGUUUAGGUCCGCUAGGUUUUCUCAAUGUAAGAGUUGGUGACAGAUUAGAAGGCAAUUAUGGUAUAUGGGAUCAAGUAAUGGCCCUACAAUGGAUACAAUCCAAUAUCAAACAAUUUGGUGGAGACCCAAAUAGGGUCACUAUAAUGGGCGAAUCUGCCGGAGGAGCUGCAACCAGUUUGCUGGCACUGAGCCCAAAAACUGAAGGUCUUGCCCAGCAAGCAAUCAUAAUGAGCGGCUCAGCUACUGCUGGCUGGGCAAUCCACAGACACGGAACACCAGCAUGGAGUUUGGAGAAUCUGAUCAGCUACUUGAGGUGCGAGAAGAUGAUAAACGGAGAAUUCACAUGGGAAGUAAUAGGCGACGAAUAUACUGCAGAAGAAGUGCUACAGAAACGAUGCAACUAUCAGACGGAACUGGUUCCGUGUUUGACGGUCGAUCAAUCUCAACAGGAACAGCUCGAAUGUCUCAGAAAAGGACUGAAUUUCAGCUCGCCCCUGUUUCGGAAAGCCCUGGCUAUUGAACUAGGAGUAUCAAAGAUGGUUGUCGAUGGUGAUCUCAUACCAACAUCUGGCGUGGAUUUGGCUCGAAAUUACGCAAGAAUCCCAAUCUUGACUGGUGUUGCUCGCAAAGAAUGGGCACACAAAAAACCGCAAUUCUACAAUCUCCACCGGAAAGCUACGCUGACAGCUGAAGAGUCAGCUGAGAGCGUUUUUCGUAUAAUCGAAAGCUCCUUCCACGAUACUUCGGCCAUAAAGCUCAGCAAUUCUACGCUGCACCUUGUAGCCAACGCUUCAUUCGUAAGAUACAUCGAUGAUCCUUCAAACACUUUUGAGACCAGCCGAGUGGUUUCUGCCUUGCAAAAGAUGGAAGCCGACAUAGAGUUUGUAGCUCCAUGUCAAAGAGAAAUAGACGCCUACAUUCAGAACAAUGUCACUGUAUUCGCUUAUUCAUUUGACUAUAUUCCUGAAAGCCCCAUAUUUGAGGAGGAAAAGAAGACAUUUGACUUGUUCGGAAGAGAUCCUGUAACAGUAGUACGAAAAGACCAAACUUUGAAAGAUCGCAAAAUGGAAGCGUUCCACGGUCUCGACCAUGCGUUCAUUUUUACCAGAGGCUACAGUAGCAACUUCGAGAUACGCCCCUUCACCAAGAGAGAUGAGAACAUGGCUAAAAUCUUGACUAAUAUGGUGACAAACUUCGCAAAAACAGGCGAUCCAUCCACGAAGAGAUUCGCUUGGCCGCCUUUCAAAGGAAAUGUGACCACUGAGCAUGUCUCCAUCGAUCUUCCACCCAAGGUAAUCCAAGGUGAGCUGCAUUGGCCAAACCCGAAGUUUUGGAAUGUGGAAGCGGACCUCAUAACUCAACAUGUGGGAGGCGAUGGUGACGCAAACGUCGACCCGGAUGCGGAUCUGAGCAAUGAGGAGAGGUUGAGUGCGUACCGCAGAGCUUGGUGGGCCCUAUGGCUUUUGGUAGCCAUUUUGGCAAUUGUUAUUUGGGGAAUCGUCAUUUAUGCCGUCGUCUCAAAAGGAACCAGCCCAAGAAACAAGCCCUAUGAUAAUAUCGUAAUUACACGAUGA